AAGUUUGUGAUAACACAAGGUCCCCUGGGAAGUAUUGGAACAUUUUGUCUACAGAUUGGAAAACAAAAAAAAGACAGAAAGAAUGCAGCAUAUAAUCCGUCUUCACCAAUCCCAUCACAAUGUGUUUGGAUACACAAGGAUGAAGUACUCAUUUUCCAUGUGUUAUCACAUCGGCGACUGCUCAUGGAUGGAUUCUACCAGUUCACCGCCGGAGGACACCGUGGCUUAGUGAGAUCUUUUUGUUCCCAGGUCCGUGUGGGAUAUCGCACAGAAAUGGAUUACGGAGACAGUGACCCAUUCUUCUGAGUCGUUGUAAACUUUAUUUACCAAAUGCACUUUGUGCGGAUUACACAACUGUGCAGGAUUGGUCCUCUCAGAGACAUGAGUUCCUAUGGCAUGUGGCAGUCCUCUUUCUGUUAAUAUCUUGGCUGGAUCACAAUAAGAAAAUGAAUGGUGGAAAGGUGUGUGAUGGAGGAGACAACGAUGGCGCCCCGCUGUCAGUGCAGGUUCCAGUGGGCUGGCAACGUCGAGUGGGCCAGAUUGGCGUUGUUUAUAUUAGCCCAAGUGGAUCCCAUCUGUCAUGCUUGGACCAGGUCAAGACAUAUCUUCUCACAGACGGAACCUGCAAGUGUGGUUUAGAGUGCCCUCUCAUUCUGCCGAAGGUGUUUAAUUUUGACCCUGGAGCUGCUGUGAAACAAAGAACUGCAGAGGAUGUUAAGGCCGAUGAGGAUGUGACCAAGCUUUGCAUCCACAAGCGUAAGAUCAUUGCUGUGGCCACAUUGCACAGGAGCAUGGAGACGCCGCACCCCUCACUGGUGUUAACAAGCCCCGGGGGUGGGACAAAUUCUGCUCCUGUGGUAUCCACACGUGCAUCGACUCCACGUUCCAUGAGGAAUAAGUUGCAUGACGGAACUGCUAAUGCUGUUAUGCCAGAAUGUAAAAACCCGUUCAAGCUUAUGGUGAAAGAACACAUGGGAGCUCAGCAGCAUGACCUCCAUUCUGCAUAUUCACGGCAGAGAUUAGGGAGCAGCGAACACGGACACAAAUCACCAUAUCGUGGAAGUCAUGGUGGCAUGCCAAGUCCGGCUUCAUCUGGGUCCCAAAUCUUUGGUGAGGGGCCUCUUUCUCCAAGGACAGACCCCUUGGGAAGUCCUGAUGCAUUCACAAGGAGCAAUCCCAACUUUCAUGCGCCACCCAGUCCCAGUCCCAUUCAUGUAAACAGGACUCCUGUGUCUCCCCAGUCCAUUAUGUUGCGUGGUUCCCCUGUGCAGCCAUCUUGUGCUAUGGUUGGAAGAACGAACAUACCUCUGUCCCCCCCUUUUACCAGCCCAGUGUCUAAAAAAACUGUUUGCAGUUAUCCACCAAACAUGGAUAUGUCUCGUGCAAUGUUUCACCAUAAACCAACACCAGGUCCCCCACCCCCCUUGCCACCACCGCCUCCUCCACCCCCACCACCGCUUUGUGCUCUUCAGAAAAAGCCAUUGACAUCUUCAGAGAAAGAUCCACUUGGUAUUCUAGACCCCAUUCCAAGUAAACCAGUUCUACAAAACCCUGUAUUGAACACUUCCACAUUUCAUCCAAAUGUUCACUCUCAGGUACCUGUGAUGAAUGUAAACAUGCCGCCUGCUGUUGUUCCUUUGCCAAGUAAUCUCCCUUUGCCAACUGUCAAACCCGGUCACAUGAAUCACGGCAAUCAUGUUCAAAGAAUCCAACAUCCACCCUCAUCAUCCUUGUCUCCUUCCCCAGUAACCUCCCCAGUGCACACAAUGCCACCCGGUAUAGGGAGGAUAGAGGCCUCACCCCAAAGAUCACGCUCCUCUUCCACAUCAUCUGACCAUGGGAACUUCAUGAUGCCUCCAAUGGGAACACAACCUUCCUGUGUUGGCCUCAAAGUUCCGCCCCGUUCUCCACGGCCCAACAUGGGCUCUCCAAGACCCUCCAUGCCAUCCAGCCCUUCAGCUAAACCUGAUGGCCAUCAUCAGUACAAAGACAUUCAUAAUCCAUUAAUUGGUGGCAUGGGCAACAUGUUGAACCCCCCAAACAACACCGUAUUCCCCUCAUCAUCGGCUGGUAAUGCUCCUAGUAAGGGUCAGACAGGUUUGCUGGGAAUGCCUUUAAAUCAGAUUUUGAACCAGCAUAAUGCUGCCUCUUUCCCAGCGAGCAGUUUACUUUCAGCAGCAGCCAAAGCACAGCUAGCAAAUCAAAAUAAACUUGCUGGUAAUAAGAGCAGCUCGGGACCUGCAGUUAGCUGCGGCGGCAGUGAUGGAAAUAGCACUUUACCCACAAUGUUUCCUCCGGCCUCCAGCUCGCAUCUACCACCAGCCGAGGGACAGAGUGGUCGGGCAGCUCUGAGAGAUAAACUAAUGUCUCAGCAGAAGGACUUGAGAAAGAGAAAACAGCCUGGGUCAACAGUGAUGAAUCUGCUCAAGCCGCCACCCAUCGAUAAUUCCAGCCUACAAAAGCACGGGCCAGAGUUAAUAAGGAAACAAGGGCAAAAUUCAUUUCCACUGAACUCCAUGUCACAGCUCCUCCAAACCAUGAGUUGUCAAAACUCCCACAUGAACAGCAAUAGCAACACCGUUCCUGACUCGAAUAUGAGUCUGCCUUGCUCCGCCAACCAGAUGAACUAUACUGACAACAGCCUGAACGCCGUCAAUCUCCAUAAUUCACUGGCACAUAACUUACCGAUGAGAGGUGAAGGCGUUUCCUGCCAAAACCCAAACACUAACUUUGUUCAUGGUGGCAAUCCAGUCCCCAAUGCCCAUCUCACCGGGUUCAUCAACCAGAUGCAAAAUAGCAAUUAUGGGAUGCUAAACCAUCCGGGAAAUCCUUUACACCUCAACCCUUCCCAGCCGAGGAUACAGUCAUCAUCCUCGAUACCAAUAAUACCCAACAGCAUUGGUAACAGUACUGAUUCAGGAGGUUCAAUACCAAUGUCAUCAGUAGCAAUAGCUGGCACAGGUCAGCCAGCCGUCACAAAGACCACAUCGGUGCUCCAAGAUGGAGUAAUAGUGACCACAGCUUCUGGGGCACCAAUGCAGAGCCACCAUCCUAUGGGAAACUCCUUCCCAUUUCCAGGACCUGAGCUUUCAAAUCAUUUUGCACAGAAUGCUACCAACAACCAUCCACGACCCAUCAACCCCAAUCAUCUAAACUCUCUGCCGAUGCCAUUACCCAUGAACCAGCAGCAUCUUCUGAAUCAGAAUAUUUUGCAUAUGCUACAGCCUUCAACUGGAGAAGGAGACAUGUCAUCAAUGAACCCUCCCUUAAAUAACCAUCAGCUGUCUCACCUUCAGUCACUUCUAAACGGCAGUCAACAGCAACAACAGCAGCAGCAGCAUCUACAAGGCUUUCCCAAUCUUCACGCCUUGAAAGGACAUGUUUCGGGGCCACCAAACAGUCUAAACCCCAUGGCCUGCUUGUUUCAAAACUUCCAGAUGAAAAUGCAAGAAAACAAAGAGGUCAGUGCGCAGAUGGGAACGUCUUCAAUCUCCGAAAACCCAAACUCAUCGCUUCCUCCAUUCCCCGACAAAUCUUGUAACAUGCCGCAUAGGACAGAACAGUACAUAAAAGAUAGCGUCCGAGAAGGAGACAGUUCGGUGGACGCCAUUUAUAAAGCAGUGGUUGACGCGGCCAGUAAAGGCAUGCAAGUGGUCAUCACGACGGCAGUGUCCAGCACGACGCAGAUGAGCGCUAUCCCAGCACUAAGUGCCAUGAGUGCCUUCACUGCAUCCAUUGGUGAUCCAUUAAACCUGUCAAGCGCAGUGAAUGCCAUCAUCCAUGGCAGAAACAUGGCAAAUUCUGAUCUGGAGGUCAGGACACGGAACACAAGAGGUACCCGAAUGAGGAAGAACCUGGAUCAGAACAAACACAUGGCGGAUGGGGAUGGUUUUGAUUAUUUCAGAGCGGGAUGCAAUACACCUAAAAGGCAGUGGAAUGGCGGUCAAAGUCCGGGUGACAUGAACAGGUGGAAAUGUGAGGACUAUUUGGACCACAACGCACAGGUCCAUGGCAACCCCUACCAAGCGAGGUCUGGCAACAUCUCUCUAUUGCACUCCUUUGAAGAUGAGCAAUGCCAGAUCUUGCUGCCGCCCAGACACUGCCCAAAUGAUAAGAUGCUAGAGGAGAAUUUUAGGUUUAACCAUUACAAAAGGACUAUGAUGAGCUUCAAGGAGAGGUUGGAGAGCACUGUGGAACGUUGCGCGCACAUGAACGGCACUCGGCCCCCGCAGCACAGGGGGUUCGGGGAGCUCCUGAACAUCCCCAAACAAGAGGUCAACAUGGAGGAACAAUCUCCCAGCUCUUCCAACAGUUUAGAAAGUUCUUUAGCAAGAGACUACAUUCAUUAUAAUGGAGACUUCCAUGCCAAAGGCAUGAACGGGUGCGUCCCUAGCCCCUCGGACACUAAGAGCAUCAGUAGCGAGGAUGACCUGCGGAUUCCCGACUCCCCUUCUUCUAAUGAUUUAAUGCAUUAUAGGCCAAGGACGUUUAAUAUGGGUGACUUGGUCUGGGGGCAGAUUAAAGGACUGGCAUCGUGGCCUGGAAAAUUUGUGCGGGACGACCUGCGUAAUUCAUAUCAACAGAACUCGGAGGAAGGGAAGGUGGACAGUGACAAGCUGAGGACAUUGACGGAGGGACUGGAAGCUUACAAUCGUGUCCAGAAAAGCAACAGAAAAAGUGGAACACUAAAUAACCAUCUAGAAGCUGCGAUACAUGAGGCCAUGAAUGAGCUGGACAAAAUAUCUGGCAAUGUGUCUCAGAGGGAUCGACAGCUGAAGGCCCCAAAACCCAAGAGGAGGAAGAUCUCCAGAUAACAUUGACAGAGCUUAAGAUCAUUUAUCUGUAUAUAGGCAUUGAUAUUAAUAUAUGUAUAUCAAUAUUUCUAGAUAUCACCACCUGGUGUAAAGUGAAUAUAUGUGGUAAAUAUUUUUGCAUUU